GGACCUCCAGGACCUCCCCAAUACCUCAAAGCAUUUAACACAAGUUACAACUACAUACGUAUUAAGUGGGAACCACCCCUCGAAUUCUUUGAUGGACCAAUGAGCGGCUAUAUUGUAAAAGUGACAAACUUUGGGGACCCAGGUGCGGUGGUACGAUUGGUAUACUCCAGCUGCCGGACAGGAGGAAUUGAUAUUACAGACCUCGAAGAAAAAGUAGCGUACUGUGUUUAUGUGACAACAUUUAAUGAAUAUGGAAAAUCGAACAGCAGUUCGUGUUUGCCAGUAUUCACUGGAGAGAAAGGUUCGUUUCUUUGAUUGAUAUUGAUUGACUGAUUGAUUGGUUGAUUUACUCUCCAUGAAAUUAGUGCAACUGAGAAAGAAAAAUGACGAUAGUAGCCGUAGCCGUAAGCUUCCCUGAGAUGUGUUUAAUAUCAUAGGGAGGCCGUAAUGAAUUUCGUUUUAUUAUUCUGCAUUCAAAACAUUUUCAAACUCAAAAUCAUUUCCACAUAUAAUUUCUUCAAAACAUUUUCCCGAUCCUGGGCAGUUUCUUAAUAAGAAAGCAUGCUUCUUGGGCUGCCUGUGGUGGCAGAGCCGCAAAUAAAGGUCUGAGUAGCUUGUAUGACGAAAAAAGACAAAUAGCGAAACCAUAAAGAAGAGGACGUUUCGGGGGGGGCGUGUCCGAUAUAAUCAAAUGGACUUGGAACAAAAACAAAAUUUCGGCGUGAAGUUACAACUAAAUUUCACAGUCAUUCGAAUUCAGUAUACCCCCGUGACUUCAAUUCAGUGACCACAAAAAAAAGAUUGAAUUAAAUUAAGAAUUUAAUGUGACUAUAGUACAAAUAAAAGUUUCAGUUUUCUGGCCUUAGCAAGCCAUUUGUCUUUUCAAUGCCUUUGAAAGGGGAAACAGAAACAAAUUUUGCACAAAGAAUAUUUUUGCAGAAUUUUGUCUCUUAGCACGCUCAAAAAGCAUGCACUCAUUGAAAUGUUUGUCAUUUUUCCAACUACAUGUAUUAUAAUGUUUUCAAGCGCUUAUGAGUUAAAGCCACGUUUGAAUAGUCAAAUCCUUGAUUACAUUUUUGGCCUCAUGAAACAUAUGCUUGUCACUAUCUGAUGGGCCCGAUAUACCGAACGGUUUCGGAAACUGAAUUAUUUUUGAAAAAUCCCAAUUUUUACAAAGAAUGUGUGAGCUUAUUAUCGUUUUUGCCACUAGCAAUUUCGCAAUUUUUGAUUGCUGCUAUUUGCUUUGUUAUUGGUUGAAAAGAGCUGAAACCCGCACAAACUGCUCAAAUUAACCAGCUCUCUCUCAAUAAUUUGUAUUUACGGCGAGGUGUUCUAUGGUUUAGCUCUACGUAUGCUAAUAAGCAAAACAAUGACGUCAGCAAGGAUUCGGAUAUUAGCCAUUUCCAUAUAGGCCGUAAUGCACCUUAUUUACCCCCUCAUAUUUUGCACAUCCAUUCUCUUCGAUUUCUCUUAGGACGACUGUAAUACACAGGAGAAAUUGGAAGCAAUAAUGGUUAUGCAAAAUGGUGGGGGGGGGUUAAACAAGGUACAUUUUAGUCCAUGUCAAAAUGGUGAAUAAAAGCUUACCUGAUCUUUGACAUGUCAUGUGUUGUGUAAGUCCCAAUUCAAAUGAAAAAAUGGUCCGGCUCUAACACACCGUCCACUAUUUAAACCUCAUUGUUGCCACUUGGUCCCUCCCAUGAUUGGUUGUAAACUCAUGUAAAAGACACGUAUAAUACGCAUUGAAAUUCUAAAUUGGCCCAAAGCACUAAAGCAUUUUUUUUUCAGUUCAGUCAUAAAACAGGGGCAACAAAGACUGUUUUCUGUAAAAUAUCUGUCCGGAGAAGCAAAUAUUACCUAGAAUUUUCUAUUAGUUGACGUUUCAUUCAUGCACAAUUUCCGAAGCUUAUCUAAUAAAUUCCCUACGAUUUUCUGAACUUUAAUUUUUCACAUUUCGCUCCCUAGGUUAGGCUAUUUCUCGUAGACAAAAGGAAACCUAAAUCAAAAAUACAAUAAAGAGAGAAAUCAGAAAAAUUCUCACUUUCGUAAUACGUUAAAUUGCCUUUAAAAUUUUCGAGAAAAUAAUACUGAAGCCCUUCUUGGAAUUCCGAAAAAACUUAAAUUUUCCUAAGAUGACCGAACAGAUGCAAAUCUUAUAGCGGCACUUAGAAUGCAUUUCUGGAGACCUACACGUACUCUGGAUAGCCUAAAAAGUGUUUAGAAGGAGACCUUCGUAGGUUGCCCUGCUAAAAAGAGGAAUUGCAGGAUGAUUUUGAAUUAGGACCUUGGCGAUUAGGAAAUAAAGAAAUGAAUGACUGAAAAUAUUCAAAUACCGUUUCAGAAUUCCAUUUGUAUCUCCAAUCUUUUAUCUUUCUAUAGUAAGAGUGGAGUUUACCGCAUUGAACCAGAGCUCAACGUCUCUCGAGGUGGAGUGGAACACAACUUUACCAGCUUUUCUUACAUAUGGCGAUGAAAAGAGAGGAUUUAAAAUAGAUUUUCAAAGAGCGGGAGAUAAGGAAGUUAAAAGUAUACUAGUCUGCAACAGUUCCAGUUAUCUAUUUACCGAUCUGAUGGUAUUCACAAACUAUUGUUCAAGCGUGGUGUCUUUCAACAAUGACAAAAUUGACACGAAAGUGGAUAAUUUCAAAUGCGUGUUCACGGACGAAGAAGGUAAUAACAACAUCUGUGUUCGUCCGUGUUUUGUUUGCGAUCCCCUUAUGUUUACAGGCCCAUGUAUAUAUACGAAACAUGUUCAGAUACAGUCAGUCAUUUUCAUGUUCAUUGGUGAAAAAAAUUGAAUUGAGUAUUUCUUAACCUUUAAAGAUUAAUAUAGAGUAGUAUCUGUCUAGUAUAAGAAUAGAUAAUUAAAAAUGGUUUACAUGGAGGUGGGCGACCCCAAGUAGGUGAGGUACCCCCCUUUCGUGGGGUAGCCCGCCUGGCUUACAACAGGGUCUCAAUGGGGUUAACCGAUAGGCGUAAAACGGCCAAAAAUUUAGUCGAUAGCCGUAAAAAUGGAAAAAUUUUACCCAUAGGGUAAAAAAGUUAACCGUAAAAGAAAUUGUUUCUUAGAUUUGUGUUAAACUCACUUAUGACCGGUUGCGUCUCUUACUUCGCGGCUUCUUAAACUCCUUACGCACGUUAGGCCAAGCGCCUUUUCAGGAUUCACAGGAGUCUUACUUGACUUCACUUGGCCUGUGUUUUGUACGACGAGUUGACAGCUCCUUCUUUUUAGAUCUCCAAUUUCGCCAUGCAGUGUUCGCAUGAGUAGUCUCCUUUGCAGCCGUUUUUUGGCUCGUAAGAACGGCUGCGAAAGUGACUAACAUAUGACUUAAUCGAUGUCAGUAUUGAAAGCUGUUGUUAGUAUUUUUCCAACGGGUGAAAAAAGGUCAAUCGAAACACCCUCCCGCAACGCGAGACAUUAGGAGCAUUGGACACUUUCAACAUUCAAGAAAAACGUUAUUGUUUUCUUGAUCUAAACGAGCAAGCCUGGAAAUUUGGUCUAAAAACUGUAAAGCCUCGCCAAAAUCAGCGGCAAAACAGAAAAUUAUUCUUUAUCGACCCAGCAGCAGCUAAAUCUGAAACUACCCCUGUUGUUGUUGAAAGCCAGCUGGAAAGUAAGUACCUUUAAAUUCAGUAUUGAAUUCUAUACUAAGAUACCGCGUGGUAUAAAGUUUUUGUGAGAGUUUUAUCUUGACGAUGGCAAAAUAAAACUUCCGUAGAAACGUGUUUGCAAGAACUAAUUUUUUCCUUAGUGAAAAUCUGAUUUUUUUUUUGUUGGGGAUUAAUAUUUGCCAUUUUCAGGAGGUCAUGCGCUCGAAAUAGUAGUGAAACAAAACGCAGAGAUGUCACUGUCUGUCGAUAAACUACAAUUCCCUGUUUUUCUCUUUUCUCGCUACGGUAGACAUUGUAUACACUUUCUUUCAAGUUCUUUUUUACCUUUAAGUACUUAUGGGAGCCGAGGUCGACUUGUAGCAAGUCCAGACAUUGCCACGCCUAGCCCCUGUACGGUGUCUCCCGAGGCCUUCCCGGUCAAGGCAUUUGGGUGGCGUAUCCGAGACAAAAUUAGCUCAGACCACGUGGCCCGAAACGCAUUGGCCGCGUAGAUUAAUGAGGCCUAGGGACAAGGCAAAGAGUCCUUCGCUAUCGUAAAUAUAACUGGACCCUAGAAUUUUGUUAUUUUUGUUAUAACUGGAAGUCGCACCCCGGCCGCGAGUUGGGCGUUCGCGUGUCGGCUUUUGCUUUUUCACGAAGAUUCUUUUUAAAGUAACCGUCUACAUUUCUAUGAGUAAAACACAACCUCGUGCCCAGGACGCUUUUCCGUGGCUUUGGAAGGAAAAGCGCCCUGGGGACGAGGUUGAGUAAAAUAAUAUUAGAAGUGGAAUACUUGAAAGUAUGAUCUAUCAGAUGUAACAAUUUUUCAAAAGAAUACCCUAUUUCAUCCCGAGAUGAUCCUAAGACCUUUAUUUUGCUUAAAGAUACAAAAAAUACGGGUUUAUUAAUAUUUAACUGAUUGAAACAAAAGAAAUUAAUUUUUAACUUUUUUGUUAACCGUAACUGAAAUAAAUUAACCGAUAGCCGUAAAAGAGCCAAUACGUAGACCGGUAACCGUAAAAGCCACCACCUCAUUGAGACCCUCUUAUAAUCUCUCAUUUUUAUUUGAUCACGUUUUCAUGAUAGGUGGGUUGACCGGCACCCGCCGCAUAUCACAUCUGCUAUCUGGGGUCCCCCACCUCCAUAUAAACAGGCCCUUAUUAAGUCUGUCUGAAGAAACAUGAUUCUAGGAUUCACUUCGUUUUGUAUAGGAUUGUCUUGGAAACAAAAAUUGUCUGUAAUUUCCUUUUUAGUUCCUGGUGGCCCACCCUUGAGUUUAACAGCCAACAAUGCCAGCUCUACAAGCAUAUUUGUAUCUUGGAAUCCAAUUGAGGAAGAGCUACAGCACGGAAUUAUACUCGGGUAUAGUAUCGCCUACAAAAAAGAAAAUGCUACUAGGCGAAAACGGCGAAGUCUUUCGUUUACAGAUAAUGUUGUCCUAGUGGAAAAUAUCUUGGCUUGGACUCUGGAGGGGCUUGAAAAGUUUACGGACUAUUGCAUUCAGAUUGUGGGUUUUAAUAGCAAAGGAGACGGGAAUUCAAGCGACAUUGUCUGUGUUCGCACAGACGAGGACGGUAAGCACUAUAUUCCUUUGUUAUUGCAUCGUCUAGCAAUAGUGUAUUAGCCUAUUAGCAUAUACAUAAUAUAUGGUUUCCAGUUUGGUUUUCGAAAACCCAGACUCAUUUAAAAUACGAUUUGUAACAUGAAUGUGUCCAAAUUCCCUUACAAAAUCAUAAGCGGGUGCAUCGCAUUCUUGCAAAAUUUUUCUGUCUGCUGUGUGCAGUAUAAACCGAGAUUAGCGUCAACUACCAGCUGUUUUUUGGGACUUAACUGAAGAGUGAGGCGAGAAUAACACUGAAAUAGUCAAAGAGUCUGUAGCGAGACUUGUUUCACGUUAAUUAAAUUGAAAAAGUCGACACACAAUUAACACAGUAGUGAUCUUCAAGGAAAAAAACGAUCCAAAAUAAUGUAAUGCCAUCUGGACUUAAAAAAAUAGGUUGAUGUUAAAAUUUGCCAUCUUUGAAGACUCUGGUUGCCUCGAUUAUGGCAAAGUUCGAACAAAUUCAAUGAGAGCGAUUGGAAAAAUUUUGAAAGAAAUUUCUAAGGGUCAUAAACACAGUGAAUUCAAAUAAAUAUGCUAUCGAUAUAAUUUGCUCACAUCUAAAGAAAAUGUUGAGGCCUUGAAAUGCAGUUUCAUCUCAUGGUGGUUUGUUACAUACAAAAUUGAUUAAAAAAAAAGCAGCCGAACAUUAGCCAAUUAAAUUUUACUUUCUCGCAAUCCGCCAGAGCGACAACUCUCUUUUUCGCACACACUUUCAAAUUUGGUGGGUAUUUAUACUGGGAGGAGGGAGAGGCUCCAGAGAUACAUGUAUUGUAAUCGUAACUUGUCACACAUGUUAAAAAGUGAUGGAAGUUGAGUUGAUAAAUGUGUGUGAAUAAUUUUCUAACCUUUACUCUACAGUUUGUGUGAUUUACUAUAUUUUAUGGUUACUACUUAGCCUGAACGCCUGAAACGCUUUAACAGUAGCAAAUAUAAAGAUGACAGGGUAAAUUUCUGAUUUUUAUCGAACCGUUCUCAUUAUUCUUAAGUUCCAAGUUUACCACCGAAUAUCACAGAGGGGUUCAACACUAGUUCAACAAGCAUCUUCUUAAACUGGACUCAAAUACCUCCCGACUUCAUCCAUGGAUACUUGUUAGGUUACAGAAUGACUUUAUACCAAAUUACAAGUAGUGGUGUCUAUCAAGAAGCUGUUACGAUCGAUACUGGGCUUGGUGAGCUAUCAAAAGACAUUACCAGUCUAUCAGUAUACACUACUUACUGUAUUCGUCUGGCCGGACGAACUCGAAUUGGCCCAGGAAACUGGAGCAACUGUUUCAACGUAACGACUGAUGACGAAGGUAAGGAGUUACCGAAACAAAGAGGGUUUCUAUAGAUUUCGGCCCAAAGGUCAAUUUGGGAACCAUAAAAUUCAAAUAUUCUGGCCUUAAAGUAAAGUGAACCUCGAAUUCAAAAGUGGAAGCGUGAAAAUUGAUAAGUUCGCCGAAAUUCAAAAAAAGAUGGUAUAAAAAUGACAAAAAGAGUAGUUAGUUGUCGAAAAUCUGGGUUUUUCCAGGACAUCUAAGUGUUCAGCAUCGUUACGUUUCGUUGAAGUAAGCAGCUAUUAUCCCCAGGAAUGUAAUUGACAUACGAUGAUCUUGUGUUCGCCUAAAGGAAGCCGUUUAAAUUAUUAAUAGUAUUUGCGUAAAGGAAUCUCCAAGCCUGUACUGUGUCUACGCAUUUAAUUUAAAUAAAUUGCAUGAUAGUAAUCGAAAAGUCUCUCAAGUAUAGUCAGUCAUUUUUAUAUCCCGUUAUCUGCCCGUUUCUUGGGCGUAAUAGCAUUAGGCCUGUCUCACCAACUGAUGCCCUGUAUUACCAUUCUCUAGUUUUACCUCUGCCUCCAAUUGAUGUCAAAGCUGUCAGUUUUACAAGUACCAACACCAUGAACGUAACAUGGAGUCCACCUCCCCUUUUAUACGGUGAGAUAACUGGGUAUAAGAUCAUUUUUGAGCAUCAAUUGGAGGAUGGUACCUGGCAAACACGAGAAGUCAUGACUUGUUCAACUCAGACGACUCUAACUGGGCUGGACAUUAACACUGAAUACAGGAUUAAGGUCGCUGCUAGCACAAGGAAGGGCUUCAGUCCCUUUAGCGAAUUCGCCUAUGGAGGUAAUUAUUUUAACACAAAUAAAAAAAGCGUUACCUUUGAACUCAUUUCUUCUCUCAGUUUCUCUUGGAUAUUUCCAGACGGGUUAGAAGGUCUUCCUGUAUAUCUUUUUAUCACACUAAUAACAGUUAAGUAAAAUAAUGAAACAAUGGGCAAUCACAUAAGUAAAAGGAAUGCUUAAUAUCUGGUACACUCCCUUUCGCUCCUAAGUUAGAGAGGAGGAAGAUAAAAGGUGUUUGAAACUGUCACAAUCAUCCCUCACGGUGUAUUUUAGUUGUGUCUUAGUAGGGUUUUAUUGUGCUGUACCCAUUCAGUAUAAGAAAUGUAUAAAUAAGUAUCCUAAUUACUGCAACUUGCCAUAUUUUUGUGUCUUCCAGAAACUUGCAGCUGCCCUGAAAACGUAACGGUCGUCGAGAAUCCAAGUUCCCUGGACGACGAUCACAUCUCGUUGUCUAAAAUAAUCGAGGAACUAGUUGUUGACGCUUGUGGAACUUGUCACGCCUUUGGCAGAACAAAUUUAAUUAAGGUAUCGGAUUCAGAAGGAGACGUGAAUAUGAAUUAUCCGGUUGUAAUAGCUAGCGGGAGCUUUUCAAAAGGCAAGUUCGUAGCUGUGAUUGAAGUGCCUGGUCUAGCUGUUGUUCAAAGAAAGUCUAUUCCAGGUGGUAUGGAGAAAGUGAUCGCAGUAUCAGUGUUCAGUUCGUGGCCAGUAUUUGCAAUUUCUGGAGUCAUGACCAUCUUGGCUGGUUUGGUGAUUUGGGUUUUGGUAAGAAUAACUUUAAAACUUCUACUGACUCCUUAAAUUAAAUACAAAAUAAAAAAAUUGCGUGUAUUACGUGAGUAUUUAUUAAAGACUAAGGUUACAGUUGUGGCCUUUAAUUUGAAUGUACAUUAAAGGUCCAAGUACUUCUGGAUUAAGUAAAUCUCUUAUGAAGCUUGAGAAAUAAAAUAACAAGCUUCAACCGAUUUCGAUGAAGAAGGAAGGAGCUGAAAGAAGCAUUCAGAACUGAUUAGUGUUAACAGUUUUUAAUAUGGUGCAUCAGAUAUCUGAUAUUUCCUGGUCAGAGAAAUCCAGUAUCGAUCAGAAGGGUAUUGUUAGUACUGAACCAGUACCACUGUUUCAUAAGGACAGAAAGAACAGAUAUGUCUUGUCAUUGAUGAAAUGCACGCCUAUCGCUUCGCUACCACUAAAACGAUAAAAUCUUUGGGCUGCCUAACUCUGAACAAGUGGGCUUGCCCAGUAUCUCUAUCUUGUAAAUUGUUUUCUAUUAAUGACAUAUUGUGGCCUACCAGGGCUAGCCUUUUGGUUAACUGUGGGCCAUGAAAUUGAAUAUACAAAUAACAGCAAUAAAAUUUGGUGAUCUUGUCUAACAGUAAAAAUUUUCUGUGAAGGAUGUAACCACCAAUCCAGAGGAAUUUCCUCCGAUAUUUUAUAAAGGUGCCGGAGAGGGGUUUUGGUGGGCAUUUAUCACCAUGACAACGCUAGGGUAAGUAACAGGCUUUACUGCAUGAGGUGUUAACGUUAGCUACUCGUAUAUUUUUUGUUUACAUCAGAAAAGCCACAAAAACAACAGGAAUAAGAUUAAAGUCUACAUUCUAUCGAAAACUAAGCCAUCUAAUAUCAGAGAAGGUGUCCAACCAAACUAUUCACCAGGACCUGCCUUCGUUUUUACAAUGCCUUUACUAGUAUUCUCUUUCAAAAGCCGGUAAUCCAGCUUUUACGGCUUUCAAUUCCGCUUUACACGUAGGUAGUACUAAAUUAAGCAAAGUCUUGAAAACCCGCUCUAUGAGAAAAACGUGACCAAUGCAACUUUUUUCGAUCUUCUUGCAGGUAUGGAGACCGAACGCCAAAAUCCAAUAGGGCCAAGUUCUUCGCCAUAAUAUGGUUUUUAGUUGGCCUUGUCGUGUUUGGUCUCUUUUCCGCCGGUUUGGCAUCAGAUUUGACUGUGGUUGUUAAGGCUGGAGGAACACAGGGCUCAGGCACAAGCAAAGUCAUGAAAGUAAGUCAACACCUCUCAGAAAGAGUUCAUGAACUCGAAUUCUUAUUAAUAGGCUAUUUUAGCGUAGACCUUUCGAAUUGCAUGGCUUAAUUUUCUUCUACCCUGUAGCCUUUUCUAGACUCUCAGUUAGUAGGGUCUGCGCUAAAACCCGGGCUCAGUGUCUCCUUAGUACCCACACGUUUGUUGUAUUUACGUUUCUUUUUGCUCUGUUAAACUACUUUUAUAAGGUCUAGAACAGGCUAUUAAUUAAAGUUUUUUUGAAUUAAUACACAUACAGAUUGCCACACUAAAUGAUUCCGCUGAAAAGCAAGUGGCGGUAAGACAGCUGAUGAACAAAUUUCAGCUUAGUAAGUGCCUUUCUUCCAUUUAAAAAGUUAUUAUAACUGUUCGAGAAUGCAUUUUUCUUCGCACCUUUUAUCGUUUUAAUGCCGAAACCAGUUUGCUUCUUUUUUUAAAAAAAGUCUAAAUUGGCGUACCCAUAAAGACGAUAGGUUAUACAUCGUGAAAUUUCCAAAACUUUUUACCAGUCUGAUAUGCCGUGUGGCAGAACCUUUGUAAAUCAAAGCCCUGUGCAUUUCAAGUUGAAACAAGAAACCAAGCCAGUGACACACGCCAGUACCCUUACACAUGCAUACAGACAUAUCUUCCUGGCAAUUCCCUUAGCAGUGUCAGUCAAGGACCCGUGAACAAACCUUACAGCAGGGAUACGACUGCCAUUUCAUGCUGAUAAGCCCUAAUGAGUGUGAGACAGCUGUCCAUGGCUGUCACUGAUCUUCACUCUCCCGGUAAUAUGGCUGUGUGCAUGCGUAAGGUACUGGCCAGGCCGUGGAUUGGUGUAUUUGUGCCCCUUGCUUUAAGUUUGUCUUACCCCUAGCUUAUUGAGCGACCCGUUAUCUACAUUUCGAAAUUAUCUUCAGUUAAAUUUAACCCCUAUUAGGCGACCGCGGCCGCCUUUUGGUCAUCCCAAUGGAGUCCGACUUUUGGUCGAGGUGUCGAGGGUCGAUUUUUUGUGUAGAGGGCUCAUGUUUUUAUGUUCAUUAUUUUUAAUAUUUUUUUUCCCUUUUUUAAGCGAGCAAAGUGCGCCAGACACGCAAAAGUUCAGUUUUUAUUGUCGCUGACUCAGAUUGCUGACAUAUGCAUUGUAAUAAAAGUGUACCCUAAGAAAAGAGUCCUACCUUUGUUCGAGGUAUUUAAGAAAAUAUACUAAAGCGCGAAGUGAGCGAGGAGCGUCAGAUAUGUAAAAGUUCAGUUUUAAAUAGUACCAACGCAGAAAAGGAGUCCAACUUUUUGUCGAGUUUCUUAUGUUUCAAACAGGUUGCGUGAAAACUACCGUUGGAAAACAAGUGUGUGGAAGUGUUUGUUGGGGGAAGCGGUCAUUGCACUAAGAUAAUUCUUGUUUGCAAGAAUUGUUCAUUUUCGGUCACGAAAGUUGCGCAAAAUAUAUUCUACCAACCCAUCGCCUUGUAUGAAUUUUUUGGAGGCAUUGCCAGUUCUCCCUCCCCCCACUUCUAAUCACGGCAAAUUAAAAGAGAAAAUAACGAAUCACGAGUCAUGGACUUUCGAUUCCAAAACACGGAGUCAGGAAAGCUAAUGCAAAAACUUAUUGUGAAAAUUAUUGUGAAAAUGAGCGGCAAAUUUACCUCAACCGCUGUUCAGCUUUUUCCUGCGUCGAAACGCUAGCUCUACGCGGAAAGUGCGAAAAAAUAUUACUUUUUGUUUUUGUUUUGUUUUGUUUUUUCACGAAUCAUGACAAAGAAAAAAGCCAAACACGGUUUAUGACGAUAGUUGGAGACCACGAGGCAACGCAUUUCGUAAGACAAGUACUUACAGAGAUGCAAUUUUUUUACGAAAACAAGGCACAUUUUGUUAACAAAACAGCAACCUGGAAAUGAUUGGUCCAUGAGUUAUUUCUGCGAUCUUGGAAGUCACGUCCGCUGUUCAGAGAAAUUAUAAAUUUAAUUGUUGACACGUUUCAGGAUUUUCAAGGGAUUUGUUGUUGGUGUUUAGAGUAUACAUGUACUCAAUAAACAUUCGUAAUAUCGUGAUUAGGGGUGGACCAUAAAAGUUGGGGAAGGAGAAAAAAACCGUCAACUUUGGGAAGUACACCGUUAUUACAACGCAUCUGUCAACACUCUGAGUCAGCGCUAAUAAAAACUAAACUUUUGUGCGUGUCUGGUGCUCCUCACUCGCUUAAAAAACGCGAAAAAAAAUUAAAAUAUAAAAAAUCGACCCACGACAUAGUACCCUCGACCCACGACUCCUCGACCAAAAGUCAGACUUGUUACAAUAAUAAUUAUUUCUUGACCAUAAUAGGCUACUUCCGAGUUCCAAAAACCCUCACUUUCAAAAUGAGGCUAGGUGCACAACCUUAAUCUUGUGAAAAUGAGUUUCAUUUGCAUGAGAAUGAAAAAUGAUUUCCUCAUUAAAGGCUGAGCACCUACCUUCGUUUUGAAACAGAGGCCCGGGGGGAACUCGGAAAUGGCCUAUCGAAUCAUACAGUGAUACAGAUAAAUUCCAAUAGGCAUGAAUAUGUUAUGCAGUAACCCAUGUUUUUGACACUUCACCUAGUUGCAUAUUUAUAAACAUGUAUUAAUGCAUAGAUUCCAAUAUAUUUUAUAAGCAUUAAAUUUAUCAGGUAUACUACCCUGACUCCAGAGGUCCCUUUUCAAAAUACCUAGGAUAAAAUAAACCGUGCUAACGGUUUGAUAAAACUUUGCCACAAAAAAAUGACCUCUGGAACCCAGGGUACAGGUAUACAUGUACAUAUAUCUUUUAAAUUAAUGCAAAAAUAUUUAUUUAAAAAGAAUAGAAAGUGAAUAACAAUAUUGUCCCGAAUAGCGUCCAAUAGGUGCCCGCAUUUACUGGAAGUUCUCAUUUAUUUGGACAGGUGGAGAAUUCGGAACCCUAGAAGAGCUUGUUGAUGCAUUAAAAGAGGAAACGACAGAUGCCAUUUUAAUAGAUAUGUAUACACCAGUAAGAAGGAAAGACCUUUUCAAUGGCUCAUGGUUUGAAAUCUCUGAGAUAGUAGACAAAGGAAUCUCGCACGGUAUUGCUCUUGGUGGAAUAUCAGAAACGUUAGCCAAAGACUUUCAGGAAAUGAUACGCGACAGAAAUGUCCAAACAAAAUUUCUCACCGAUGAUGACGAAAAUCAUCAGCAGGUAAUUGCCAACGAGCAAGCCGAGCGCAUCCUCGGAGACCCAGGGGCAGAGAAAACUUGUGUUUUCUGGCACCAAUCAGAAGUCAGAACGGCGGCGACCGUUUGGAACUGGUCUGGUAAGACAUUGUCCUCAGGGGCUCUUCUCGCCGUUCUUCACUUUUCUUUUGUGCCAUAUUUUUCCGCCCGUUUAGACUUUCCCUCGCCCCCACUAUCUGCCCCUGGGUCUCCGAGGAUGAGCCGAGCGAAGACGGUUGGCUUGCGAGGCGGCCAGCUUAAUGCUACGCGAAGUAUUGUGACAAGCAAAAAAAUCAUGAAAAAUUCUCGAUCGUGCUACAAGGUGUAGAUUCUCUGGGGAUUUUCUUGGCGUUAGAUUUCACGUGUAGUUUCACGUCACUUUUGAUGACCCUUGUUGUAAACAAACGAACCUUCAAAGUUCGGACAAUGUUCUCUGUCACACUCCCGUACUUGUACGAACUACAACUCGCUAUUUCAUGUUCACGCGAACCAAUGAAUGUUAUUUCCCUUUCGCUGUUUGAAACUCGACAAAAUUUUCUAAGCAGAAGAAUAAGUAGAGCUAUUUUAAGGCUAAGAGCAUGGCAGAAAUGUAGGAAAGAGAAGUGCUUGUAGUGGAAAUUCUCGGCUCAGCGGCUAAAAUGGUUUUAGAAACAUUGGAACUAAAACCGGUGAUGUAGGUAAAUUCUUUUUCUUUCGUUGGCACUUAGCGAAAGCUACAACUAGUUAGGAAUUGUACCAUGACUGGUCCUCAUUAUGUGCGGUCAGUACUAGUAAUUUUGCAGUAUGUAUUACUUUUCAAUCAGUCAGGCAAUUUUCUGGGCAAGCUUCUACGAAACCAACGCAGCACCACUGAUUACGAGUUUUGCCAAAGAUUAGCCUAAUUUAGCGUUCAGUGUUGAAUAAAACGCUUAGUAACGACCCGGGAGUAACUAAAGGAUUGCAUUAUAUUAUCCUAAUGUUUUUAGGAAGAAGAAGAAGAGGAGGAAACUGGUUUGGUGUUUUUUGAGCCAGGAAGCCCAUAUUUUGUACUCACCCUUGAAAUCUGUGGGGGUCUGCUUGGAGGCUUCCUCCUAUGCGGCUGCAUCUUUGAAGCUUAUCAGAGGAACAGAGGAGGCACUCAACAAACAGGCAAGUAG